ACCAGCCCAAAAACGAGCGCGCGGCCAUGUUGAAUUGUCAAUAUUCCGAAAGAAGAGACAAAAGAGUGAAAACUCGGUGGAUUUCUGGAAACAGCGAGUGUUUACCAAAACUCAAUUAAACUGCCGACGAAACCUCAAGACACGGCACAGCGGAGAAUACUUUGUGCGGAUGAGGCAAAGUGAAGGUAACCUGGAUUUUUUUUUUUGUUGAUCGGCAUUUCCCGAAGGCACUUUGCAGACCGUCAUCUCAACUUUUGCUGCAGAAGUGAAGGAAACCGGAACAAGAUACCCACAGACAUUUAAAGUGGACUAUCCAUGUAAAAAAAAAAAAAAAAAAAAAGCAAAAUUGCCAGAGUGACUUUUUUCUGAGCCAGUUUUGAGCCACAGCAAAGACUUUUUGUGGAUUUUUUUUUCUUUCUUUUUUUUUUUGAUGUCAAAGGAACAGAUCAUAAGAAUAGUUUGAGUCGUGACCAAGCAGAACUUAUUUUACUACUGGCCAUUUUGAAUGUGUAAGCAUAAUACUUGGACUUAUAAAUCCAAGAUACUCCAGGAACACAAAAAGAAAAUUCUGGAAUCGUCAUUACAGCAAGGAUAAGAGUACUCCUUCAAACAGUUUUGGAAGAAAAUAGUUUAUGUUUUGGUCACGUAUUGGAUUUAUUUAUUCAUAUGAAUGUUAAUUUCUCCCUUUUUUGGAGAGUUGUCUUGUAAAUAGACAGAAUUCAUACGCAGACCUCUUCUUUUCAAGAGGUUUGGACGUCAGAUUGUGUACAAAAUACAUUCUUUAAAAACACAGAAAGGAAAAAAGUUUUUAUUUUUUUACUCACUGGUGCAUUUAGCAAAACAUCAGUGAAAAGGAAGCAAAGAUAACAUACUGAGGAAAGUUGCCAGUUAAUGUGUUGAAACAAUGGCUACUGCAAGGACAGCAAACCCAGCACCAAUGAUGGGAUUGAACAAACCAGCAAAUGGGCAGCUCAGAGGACAGACGGGACUCCUUGCGUCUGCCCAACAGCCCAAUGCCCUCCAGAAAAGAACCAGCAUUCCUCAUAGCAGUGGGGGCAUCAAGUUUGGUGAUGACUGGAAGAAGUGCCUGGAGCUUCCUCCAAGAGACACAAGGAUGCGAACUUCGGAUGUGACAUCAACUAAGGGAAAUGAAUUUGAAGACUACUGCCUAAAGCGGGAACUGCUUAUGGGAAUCUUUGAAAUGGGAUGGGAGAAACCGUCCCCUGUCCAGGAGGAAAGCAUCCCCAUCGCUCUGUCAGGCAGAGAUAUUUUGGCUCGGGCCAAGAAUGGCACAGGAAAAAGUGGAGCCUACCUCAUCCCUCUCCUGGAGAGGAUAGACCUGAAGAAGGAUCACAUACAGGCCAUAGUUAUGGUGCCGACAAGAGAGUUGGCCCUGCAGAUGAGCCAGAUCAGCAUUCAGCUCAGCAAGCACCUCGGAGGUGUCAAGGUCAUGGCUACCACGGGCGGCACCAAUUUGAGGGAUGACAUCAUGCGUCUUGAUGAGACAGUGCAUGUAGUGAUUGCUACACCAGGCAGGAUUCUAGACCUUAUCAAGAAGGGUGUGGCAAAAAUGGAUAAGGCCCAAUUGAUUGUGAUGGAUGAGGCAGACAAACUGCUGUCCCAGGACUUUGUGGUUCUGAUAGAAGACAUAAUCAGCUUCAUGCCAAAGGAUCGUCAGAUUCUGCUUUACUCUGCCACAUUUCCCAUCAGUGUGCAAAAAUUCAUGAGCAAGCACCUGUCAAAGCCUUAUGAGAUCAACCUGAUGGAGGAACUGACCUUGAAGGGCAUCACUCAGUACUAUGCCUAUGUGACUGAAAGACAGAAGGUCCACUGUCUCAACACACUGUUUUCUAGGCUUCAGAUCAAUCAGUCCAUCAUCUUCUGUAACUCAACCCAGAGGGUUGAGCUUUUGGCCAAGAAAAUCACCCAACUGGGUUAUUCCUGCUUCUACAUUCAUGCAAAGAUGAUGCAGGAAUACAGGAACCGCGUGUUCCAUGACUUCAGGAAUGGAUUGUGCAGAAACCUGGUCUGCACAGACCUAUUCACUCGGGGAAUUGACAUCCAGGCAGUAAACGUGGUCAUCAACUUUGACUUCCCCAAAAAUGCAGAGACCUACCUGCACCGCAUUGGAAGAUCAGGGCGUUUCGGUCAUCUGGGUCUGGCUAUCAAUCUGAUAACUUCAGAAGAUCGCUACAACCUGAAGAAUAUUGAGGAUCAACUGGUCACUGACAUCAAGCCCAUCCCCAGUUGCAUUGAUAAGAGCCUGUAUGUGGCAGAGUUUCACUCUGUUGACCCAGAUGCAGAUGACGACGACGACCACGACGGCGGAGCCAAAAGCAAGGAACUUGGAGCAAUCUGAGUGAAUGGAGAAACACAGGGCCUGGCAUUCAUCACACAGUAUUGAUGAGGCAUGACACAAGAUUCCAAGUGAUGAUUUCUGUUUUCCAGUGCAACACCCAAAUGGUCUAAUUUAGAUUUCUUCUCAUUUCCAGUUUGAGUUUACAAUAAUCUUCAGUUCUGUCUGUGCAUAUGUUAGUAAACUGUUAUCUGCCCAUUGCAACUUCAAUCAGUUGAACUUUCUGCCACAAUGCCAGAGAUGGUCACUGUACAUGUGAUUUGGGCUAUUGCUUAAGUCUGUCAUUGAACUCAGCCACUCUCGACAAUAGAUGGAAAUUGUCGUCCUUUGUACUUUGCUGUUAGAAUGAAAAUGUGAAACCAAAGGUAGACUUAGAUAGAGCCCAGCUCACAUCCUUGCUGUGCAGAUGAACUACAGAUGGCAGUGUGCACAUCCUGCUGACAUGCCUUUUGGGCAGAGGACAGAAACCCUCCCUUUUCUUAACAAUCUACACUCAUUGGCUAUUUUAUUAGAUACACCUGAAUGAUGGCCUGAAUUCGUCAUGGCAGGGAUUAAAAGCCGCUGGAAACAUUCCUUUUUUAAAUGUUCAUUUAGUAUUAAAUGGCCAAAAGUGUGCCAAAAUGAUAUACUUAAAAUCAUUCACUACGCUACCACCAGCCUGAAAUGUUGGCUUCAUGUUGUUUACACCAAAUUCUGAGCCUGUCAUCUGAAUGGCCAGGCGCCAUCUAUCCAUUCAUCUGCUGUGUAUUGUAGGCCUGUCUCCUUUAGCGUCGGCUCUCGUUGUCCUCAUACCUCUGCUCUAAAGCAUAGUGAUUUGUUUUUGUCACCGUCCUGACAACUUGAACCAGUCCAGGCAUUCUCCUCAGACCUCUUUCAUUAACGAGGCACUUUUGCUGUCACAGUUGCCACUCAUUGGUUGUUGUUUUUUUGUGUUGCCUGUAAACCAGAUAGACUAGUGUGAAAGUCCCAGGACGUUGGCGCCAACAAUCAUUCCACAGUCAACUUUCUUCUCUAUCCAGAUGUUUGGUCAGAAUAGUUUUUGCAUUUAGUUGCUGAUUUAGACAUUGAGCAGAUGCACCUAAUAAUGUGGCCACUGAGUGUAUUUGCUUUUGUAGCAUUUUGCCAUCAUUCCACGUUGGUUAUAAAUAAAUGUUUGCCUCCUAACGGUUUUGCUGACAUUUAGGGGGUUGAAAUAAGGUGGAUUGUACACAUAUCCAUCCUUCAAAAGGGAUCCAAAGUUGAAGGGAUUGACAAAGGGUUACAAAAGUAAGAAUAGACAUGGCUUCAGAAACCAAAAUGACCACUUUGCUCUUUGCGAUGGUAAAAAAGAGGGCUGCUGUGGUGUUCCAGUAAAGCUCUUGAAACGGUACUGCUGAUGGUGAACUCGUUACUUUUUUAUAUUGAAGUGUUAAAGGCAAAAAUACGAAUUUAAAAAUGACAAUGUAAUGUCAGUGGCAUUGUAGUGCAUUUUGUCAAAGCACAGAUCCAAUAAUGACAAUGCCAGUAUUUAAUUGUGAAAUUACUUUGAUCCAUUUUUUUAAAGCCAUAACACCAGGCAGCAUUUUCUCAAGUCUUGAGGUUAUCAGUGAUCAACAAGACUGGAUGAGAUGGGCCUACGUUUACAUGUUGUCACUGGCCAACUUGUUCCGUCAUGUCAAUGCAGAUUCUGUGUCCCUCAUCCCUCUAAAGUGCCUUAGUCUAACGUCAAACCUCUUACUUUGCCCAGACUCUUGCCCCAUCUUUGUAUUCUAGGUAAAAUGGCACCCAAACAAUUCCUCGUUGGUUUCAGUUUUGAAAAAGCACAGUUGGACAAAAAGGAUUUGCAGUUUUUCCUUAUUUGUAAGAAAUUAAUUUGUUCUAUGACAAAUUGUAUAUAUGACUAGUUGUCAGAAUAUAUAUUACAUCCUUGUACUUCUUGACUUAAGCACAAUGUCACAGAAGAUUAUGUAUUUCAAAUUUAAAACAUUAAUACUGUGAAAUUUCCAGCUUCAUUUUUUCCCCCCCCUUAUUGACGUAGUUUGGUUCCCUAGUUUGUUCAGCCUCAGUACAGGCUUCAAUCGAUACAUAACCAUUUUCUCAGUGGGUCUGUAAUUUGAGACAAUUUUGUUCCAUCACUUGUAUUCUUGAGAAAUGAGUACCUUCAUGACCUGAUGACCAGAUGCUUUAACUAGAAAGACAGACAGGCAACAAUUUUCUGUUAAAUGUGUUAAUGCCAGUGCCCAAUAUGCAUUAAACUCCAACUGACUUGA